GAAGGUGACUCAGGGCUCCCCCUCCCCUCCCAGUGGGGAGCGUGUGUGUGGCCGGCGCCGCUGCCACUAGCGCACUUGCUGACUGCCGGGCAGGUGCGGUCCGCGCUCGGGUCUCGGCGUUGCCCUGGAAAUCAGAACGUGACAUCAUUGUACUUGUGCAUGAGAAGGGGAAAGUGAAACUGACCAGACAACUUACUUUUAUUGUCCAAAUUUGAGUGUGAUUAAAAAAAGGAGAAGUCCUAAUAUCCACUUAUCCCAGUGAAAAUGGCCUUUAGCAAUUUGACAUCAAAAGCUGCACUGCUUUAUGAUGAAUUGAUUAAACAUGCUGAUCCAAGAGUGGAAGGCUUCCUACUCAUGUCUUCACCUGUGCCACAGACUAUUAUCAUUGGAGCCUAUAUUUAUUUUGUCACUUCUUUGGGACCAAAACUCAUGGAAAACCGAAAACCUUUUGAACUCAGGCAGAUAAUGGCAUUUUACAAUUUUGGUGUGGUAGCCCUUUCAGUGUAUUUGACUUAUGAAUUUCUUAUGUCUGGUUGGGCCACAGGUUAUUCAUUCCGAUGUGACCUUGUUGACUAUUCCAAGUCACCUACAGCUCUGAGAAUGGUUCGGACUUGUUGGCUGUACUACUUCUCCAAAUUCAUUGAAUUAUUAGACACUAUCUUUUUUGUUCUGCGAAAGAAAGAGGGCCAAAUUACAUUCCUGCAUGUCUUGCAUCACUCAAUCAUGCCGUGGACCUGGUGGUUCGGAGUCAAAUUUGCUGCAGGUGGGUUAGGAACAUUCCAUGCUCUGUUAAACUGUGUUGUGCACGUCAUCAUGUACAGUUACUAUGGACUCUGUUCCCUGGGACCAGCCUAUUAUAAAUACUUGUGGUGGAAAAAACACAUGACAUCUAUACAGCUUGUUCAAUUUCUUAUGGUUACAGUUCACAUAGGACAAAUCUACUUUAUGGAUGAUUGUCCAUACCAGUAUCCAGUUUUUAUAUUCAUUAUUUGGCUCUAUGGCUCUAUGUUUUUACUCCUGUUUCUCCACUUCUGGUAUCAUGCUUACACCAGAGGGCAGAGACCACCAAAGACUAUGAAAAACGGAAUCAGCAAAAGCAAAGAUCACUGAAGCAAUGUCUCAUCUAUAUAAAUGUGUACAUCUCAGAUCAGUAACUUGUACUACUUGACAAUCAAGAUAUUUAGGUGCACACUACACUGUGUACAUUUUACAUGUUUUUCCAAAACAGAGCUUGUAUUUUUACAAUAAGUUAUUUGGGUUUCUGAUAUUGCGGGGUGGGGGGAGGGGUAAUUUUCUGAUUAAAGAUUUGCAGGUUUUCAGUGACUUGCUGCACAUAUCUAGAGAAAGGUUCUCUUUUUACCUAGAAGAAAUGAAUAUUUAAUUGCAUUCUUACAGGUGAGAUGCAUAUAUAUAAAAAGAUCUUCUUUAAGAAAAUGUGUAUGAUAAGUACAGAAUACUUUGAGCACUAAGAAAAGGUAUAAAGAGCAUUCAUUUUAACUGAUAUCAUAAGCUGUUGAAACUGUAGUUUAAUUUUAUUGAAAUAACCAUGAAAAAUCAUUGUUACAUGCAUAAUUUAUAGAGACUAAAACACAUUGUUAAUAUAGUUAAUACCUGAAAACAUUCAUAUUUUUUGUACAAACUGUACCAUAUUAAGGAAUGUAAGUUAAAUAAAACCUUGGCAGAUUUAAAAAGA